CAAUUUCAGUAGCAAGACUUCGCCCAGAAUGGUAAAGGAAAUAGGACUCACUCAUAUAUUCAAGAAUGUAUCAGAAUUGGAAAAAGGCAAAUAUUUUCAUAGUCCCGCAGAAGAACACUUCAAUGUUCGAUGGAAUAUCAAAAUUGCUCGGAAAAAUGAAAACAUCGGAGUUUAUCUGUGUUGCCAGAGAUUGAAAGACAUCGGAGAAGGCGCAUGGUCCGUGGAUACCGAAUAUAGACUAACAGUCAAGAAUUCAAUUGGUAAACGUCUUAGGAACAAGGCUAGGACUAAAUUUGUGCCAAAUUCGAAUGAAUGGGGAUGGGAGUUCAGUUGGGAGACAUUGAUCAAGGAUUAUCUCAUUGAUGAUAGUAUCAUUGUUGAAGCAGAGGUCAAGAUCAGAAAGAUGACUGGGAUUCCUAGGAAGCUGCUCAGUAGCUUUGAGCAGUCAGAUGACGUCUUUUCUGAUGUGGUUCUAGCGGUUUACGACAAGAAGUUCUUUGUUCUCAAAAAGUUCCUCGCCACUCACUCAUCAUACUUCAAAACUCUAUUUCUCGGAAAAUUCGAUGAACCAGAAAAAGCUGAAAUCGCGCUCACCGACAUCAAUGCUGCCGAUUUUCAGUGUCUUCUAGAGGUUCUGUACGGAGAACCUGCUAUUGAGGACGAGAACGUUGAGGGAAUUCUACACUUGGCUCACAUGUACAAGAUGGCCGUGGUGAUUGAGAAAUGUGUGGAGUUUCUAUCCGAUAAAUCUGAGAAACUCGGGAGAGAUAAGUUCAGAAUUGCAAAGCAAUAUCAACUGGAUAAUUUGAAGAAAUCGUGCCUAUCAAAAAUCAAUACAAUCACUGAGAUCAAAUCAGCAAUGGCAGGGGAUCUAUCUGACAUGGAUCCAACUGUAGUGGCGGCUCUUCUCGAAAAAUCAGUGGCUCUUCAUUAACUAGUAAUUUUACGAAGCACAUAAGUUAUGUAAAUUUGUAUGCUUUACUUAUUGUAUCAUAAAAAAGUUUGUUUCAUUUUCAAGGCUUGCCAUGCUACUUCUUCUUCUGAGAUGACUUUGAACCAAUUUUUGAGCGACUUUUUGAAACUUUUGAGCAAAAGUAUAAUAAUUUCCAAAAAGUACAA